CGAAAUCGGGGCCCGACAAGUAGUGACCUUCUACUCUUAAGAAGUAUGUCCUUCUGAAUUGCGGAAAGUGGAUGUGGCCAAGUACUGGGAUCGGCGGAGUCAAAUAAUAUUUCGGUCGGUAUUUCGGAUUGUUUUGCAUCUAAAGGAAAUCAAAUAAAUUAGUAGUUCCUAUGUCCUAGACAUGAAGAUAUUAUAUGCAAUGGUUACCAUUAUUGUUAGGAUUUGAAGUUAUUUCCGAGCAUGCAAUUUCUUCUAACGACAAAUCAUCAGUUUUCUCAGUGGAUGACUUCACAUUGUCCGGUUGUUCCAAAUUGUCAAGAGGUAAUUCAGCCGACGAGCUUACGCCUACAAACAGGAGACAAUAUGUACAUAUUUAUAAAUCAAAUUUACCCUAAAAUACAUAUAAACUACAAAGGAUAAUUAAAAUUGUAGCGUAGUAGGCACAUUAAAUUAAUUUAACCCUUGAUUUUCCAAUAUAACUAACGAAAAUCAACAUCAUUUACAUACAUAAAUUUGUGUUUUGUGCACUGCUAAAAAUUACCUGAAUCCGUAAUUGACAUGGAAGUUGAUAUAGGGAGACAUUUUUUAGUGAAUUUUGCCAUUGAAGAAGACAGUCGUCCAUUUUCUUCUUCUUUAAGUUUCCGUUUCCUGAUUUUUUCUGCUCCACUGUCCUCCUUUCUUACAGCUACUGGUUUGAAAUUUUCCUCCUUCGGUCGACCCAUUUUAAAUUUAAUUAAUGGUCUAAUUUAAUUAUAGUAAUUAUUGCAAAAACAACUACAAUUACAAAAUUAGAUUUAUUGCAAGAAACAUGCGAUAGAAUGGAGUGAUUUUCCACCAUUCCAAAACUGAGUCGUCCAAUCUGAGACUAUUUCUUAUGAUCGAUAAUUGACUUGCUGCAUCUCACACCGUCCUUCCCAAACAGGCAGUGGAAAAGUAUUUAGCCAAGCACUGGAGUCAUGAAAAUAGUUUCCAUUACAUACUUACAUCCAUAUGUAUGAAUCACUGAAAUGCUAAAUUUGGUGCAAAAACGAAAAUGUCACAACUUUGUUGUGAUUGUAGCAUUUCAAUUAAAUUUGAAUUCCUAACUCAACAAAUGCUUUACAUUACCUGAAAUACAAAUUACAAUGUUGCAGCUAACAAACGGGACAUUUUUAAUGGUUGUUUUUAUUUGAAUUCAAGUUGCCUGGCAUGUCAUCGGUGGCAACUUACAUAUGUAGGACAUGAUUAGCCACUAAUGAUGCAUAUUAAAAGAAUCCCAUAAAAACGAUAAAAAUAAAAAUAUGCGAGCAAGUUAUGAUAAAGGUUGUUUCCCUUUUUAUGUAUUGGUUGGAGCCUUCUCGGGUGGCCCUUCCCCUACAUGAUCUGUGUACAACCGAUGGACGCCGUACGGCCCGAAGGGCCGUACGGCCUGGAGAGUACCUCUCCAUGUCUCUCCACCGUCGCUACGGCGCUGGGUACCAAUCCCGCCCAGAGGAUCCCGACAACUAUGAAACACUCAUGAAGGAACACUACGAGCAACGGAAUGACCCCGAAAUCGGUCAAGGGUUGGUUUCAUCGUUCCAAAUCACCCCUUCAGUUGGACCCUUGGUUGUGGAAUUGCGACUCGAAAUCAUGUUAAGGGAUGAAGCCGAUGCCAAAUUACUUGGUGGAGUUCUAUGCCAUAUGCAGAAUCUGAGGAGAUUUUGCUUCGACAUCGUGAAUUUUACGGACGAAGGGGUCCAGUCCGUUUCGAAGGGUGACAUCCCGUCCGGAAUAACCACGCUGGGACUAAGAGUGCAUCGGGUAGAUGAUGGGGACGGAGUCAAAUCCUUGCAGUCUGCGUCUUACGCUUAUCUAAUCCAGUUAUUUCCAUCCCUCCAAUUUCUCGACUUUGAAGGAUGGUUCGGACUUUUCAUGGUAGAUGAAGACCUCACCAAAGAAUCGAAAUGUUUGACUGCCCCUUCACCACCUAAAGGAGCACACCCUUGCCCAAAUUUGCAAGGAAUUCGGGCCGAUUACCUCGUCACGGAGGAAAUGGUCCGUGCAUUCGCGGCUUUCCCCAGACCUUUGAAAUUCCUCCUGGUCCGAAUCUACCAAAAGAAUGACGACACUGUCCGCCAAGUAGGGCAGAUGUUGCGGCAUCAUUCCGAAUCUGCGAAUCUGUGAGUUACUGGACCUGAUUUGGUUUAACCGAGAGGAACGGGCCCUUCUCGAACAGAAGAUCGAUCUGCCCCGACUUUUCCUUAAGGUUAACUUCUACCAUUCGACAAAGGCCGAAUGAAAUUGAGGGAUUUGCUCUGGAAAUGUUGGAUGUGUUUUCUCUCAAGAACUUAUUCUUGGGCAAUCGACUCAAACUUUCCACGCCAUUGGUGACCCAGCUCCAAAUCCUGGUUAGCUCUCUGGUCGUCCCCGAAUUUUGGGAGUAUCUAAUCUCAAACUGUGACGAAAAUGGGAAAAGCCUGGAAAUCCUGCAAAUCAAGAUUUUGAGCGUCUCCUUAACAACGGAGGAUUGCGAUUCCGUCCAAGUUACAAGAUUCACCCGCAUGUUUCCGAACCUUGCCAUGUUCCAGCACGUGUUCCGGGUAGGAGACCGAUUUCAUGCGUGUGACCAUACAAUUCGGGCUGCCCGGGUCGUGAAAACUAGCAGGUCGGAGGGCCACGCAGAAUUUGAUGCCUCCAGUCCUCACGGGGCAUUUUUCCCUGAUGGAGAGCUCCGUCGUCUUCUAAAAAUGUCAAAUUCACCAGAAGCGCCUUUUUGGGAUUAAGCUACGAUUUUUACAUUACGUAUUAUCUUUUCUUAAGGGGCUAUGCGUAAGGAUUGUUGAUUUUGUAAAAGUCUAAAGUGUAAGAUUAAUGAGUUAUACUGAUCAAUCCAUGCACAUGAUUAGGCGAAUUUUAGGUAAAAUUCAUAAAAUAAUGCAGCAGGAAUUAAUAAUUAAUAACGAAUAAAAAAUUUAUUUUUUAGAAUUUAAUCUAU